AGAGAGAGAGAGGCGGGAUCGACGGCACAAGAGCGAAAAGGAAAAUCCGUCUUCGAGAAUAAGCAUCAGUCUCCGCGCUGAUCUGAAGCUGUUUGUACGGACACAUAGACGACGGCAUCUUAUAUGCCUCAUUAUUUUUUUUUAGAGGCGAAAUGACUGAAAACGAGUUUUUUUUUUUUUUUGUAUAAACGCUAGAAGUGGAACUUGGAUAGCCGAAGUCUUGGGCGUUUCUCCACUUUUGUUCUUUUCUUUUAAUUGCUAAACAGUCGACGCUGAGCGCAUAUCUUCCCGAGCUCCCGGCGCUGAUGAGGGCUUUGUCGGUGUGAUCAGUGCGCGAUGGCCGCUUCGGGCGGACAGAAGAGUGAGAAGUUAGAUGAAGCUCAGGCUCUAGCGAGGAGUUGCGCAGGGCGCCCGGACUUUCUGCCCUGUGAUGGACUAUCCAUCUGCGCCACACACAGCCACGGGAAGUGUUUCAAGCUGCACUGGUGCUGUCAUCUGGGCUGGUGUCACUGUAAAUACGUCUACCAACCCAUGACCAGUGUAUGCCAACUUCCCAGCACAUUGGUUCCAGUGGCCCCCUCAGGUCACACCCACACCAUGAACUUGUCCAUCUCGCUGGCUGAACGCUUUCUUAAGACGGCUCCCAAGUUCCGGGCUCCACCCUGCCUAGAGUCUCCCAAAUUCUGCGUCAUCUCUGACCUCUUUGUGGAUGAUUACAUGGUCAAACGUAUCAACGGUAAGAUGUGUUAUGUGCAAAGGCCACCUCCACCUGCACCGAAUGCCACACACCAACCUCAAACGCCGGCAUCUCAACCUGCAACCCAACAUACCAACAAGCACAGACAGGAAGUGGGCCCGACUGUUAAACACGGUCAACAAAAUGAGAAGAUCUCAGGCCCUAAAAUGGACCACUGCUCCUCUCCUUCCAGCUCUGAAGACUCUGGAAUAAAUGCAUUGGGUCUGCACUACAUGGAAUCAUGCGAUGAGGACUCCUGCAUGGAUGAUGAUGAUGAUGAUGAUGAUGUGGAAGAAGAUGAUGACGAGCUGAGUACUGAUGGGGACUCCAGUCCCGGUAGCCUCUGGGAACAGGAUGUGUGCACUUUACUGUCACCGUCCAAAUCAAUGGUUGAGAUCAUUGAGAAGAUUGAGACUACUGUUUGACAUGCCUUUCUGUUAAUGCCACAGUGGGAAUUCUUUUGUCACGGAAACACUUCCCUACACUAUCCUAUCUGCAGGUGCAUGAGUUCAACCAACCAGUACAAGCAAACACUCCCUGUUAUGGCAAUGCCAUCCGAUGUUGUCCCAGAAAAACCUUUGAGAGAUGAGUCAUGGAGACUUCCUCUACUUACUACAACUCUCAUUUCCCCUAUAGUCUGUUACGCAUGGUGAGGCUCAUGUAGGUUACACUUAAGUAAGUGUGCUGACAUACACAUAUCGUCAGAACUAUGACCAAAUUGGACUCAAUACAUGAUAGAGUAUUUCAUGGAUGAACAGAUGUAUCAAAGUUAAACUCAAAAACAUGAGGCUACCCAGGGUAUGUCUCUCCCUAGAGUGCUCAGCCACACUCUGUCCAAUGCAUAGAGGUGGAAGAGAGGAUGGCUGAUGCAAUGUGGAUAGAUCUAGACUAAGACAGUCUGUGUGUGUUAGGAGGAUGGAGAGUGCUACAAAGAUAUAAGGAGAAAGAGUGAGGCAGAGAGAGAGGCUUUCAACAUCCUGUUAGCAAGAUCAGUUAGAACAGUGGCUAAAUCAUGCAUGAGCUCAGAGGACGGUAAUGAAACUUUGUGAUGAAAGGCGAUUGAAGCUCAGCGCUUGAGGGAAUGCCCUUUUGCUCAAACUCUCUCACACAGAGAGAUUCCCAAGAGGCUAAGGCAAGGGUACAUGAUGGUUUCAUGUCUAGCACCAGUCUAUGUGGGAAGGACCCAUCCUCCUAUCCUCAUCUUCCUCGAGGUUUGUGGCUUCUUUAGGAGUGGCAUACAACUUUUUGACAAUCAGUUAUAGAAAAGUAGGUUUAAGAAGAAUUGAGAAAGAGGAAAGAAUAAAAUUGUGUAACUUGUUUUCCA